AUUUUAUUGUAUCGACCCAUUGAUGUCAUUUUUCCUAUAACUAUUCCGUUCGAAAUCACUAAACAGGAGAUAAAGGGUCCUUUCAGGGCUUGAUGGCGCUCAACCAGGAGGAUGACUCCAACCUCGAGCGUCCUUCCGACAACGACAACGACAACGACAACGACAACGACAACGGCGAUAGUAGCAGCAGCAUACUAGCCCAAUUGGCUGUAAUAGCGCCCGAUAAGGCCCAGACUGCAGUGGAGUCUCCUUCAGCGUUACCUUAUACCAUGUCCUCCUCAGACAGCACCCGCCCUUCCGCACGGCACCCAGUGCAGGAUCAACGGCCACCCGAAGUUGCUGCGUCGAUACGGGCCGUAGAUCGGAACUGGGCCCGAGUGCGGCAAAAGAUGAUUGGCAACGAUAACAUCGUACAUACCAGCCUGACGUCCCAGCCCUCUUCUCUGAGUGCCCAGACGCCUUUAGACUUAAAGCAGCAGCUUCCACUAAGCAGUACCUUGCGCCCUACCACGGCGCAAGGCACCGAUCAGUCGAGGACCUAUCCGCCCGCAGAGAGCUCAGGGACCGUCUCCAGUGGAAUCCGUAACGUACUUGGCUUCAGGACAGUUGUCGUUCAAAGGACACAGCUCCGAAGGAUGGAGAAGGAAAUUGAAAAGGCAUUGUCUAGGCAUAGCAAUGAGCAGACCCAACCGAGAUCUCGAGCAGUGGCAAGGAUCGGCACUGGCACAAGAGGCAUGAUUCCAGGAGCGCCAUACAACCUUUUGGCAACUCAGGAAGCGAAUGCUGUGGAUAGGACCUUCAUCGAGGAGCUAUCGGAUAUUCUUACGCGAUGGAAGAGUCUUACGGUGGAGAUUCCUUGUAAAACAGAGAUUCUUCGAGCCAUGUCCAGGAUGCUGCAAGCCGAUCGCUCAGAGCCAUUGUCCCGUGUCGAUUCCACCACUGUACUAAAUCUGUUUGACCAGAUGAGACAGCAAUAUCCACUGCAAAGCGAACCAGAAGACAUGCAGGAUGUGCUUUGGUGUCUUAGUCUCCUUUCACUCAAAUACUCAUGCAAGAAGGUAGUAUGGGAAUCGGGGCAAGGGCUGCACAAGCUUUGUUGAUGUGAGGCGGCUUUAUCAGCGGACUAAAUUCUGGCAUUUGUUUUCCCUUCAAGGAUCGAGUCAUUGCUACUAUACAGGAGCUUCUGAGACCCAAUACGCUCACGGCAACAGUACCGC